AUGAAGGUGGAGAGGCUUGUCGCUAAUGAAUAUGGUACUUUCUUCUUGAAAGUAGCCUACCUUGAGAGCAUAAACCUGGUACCAGAUUGGAACACGGUGUACCCGAUACCGGAUGCAAUUGCUUCACUUUCCAUUAUGCCACCAAUGACAAGGAGGCCACCAGGUAGGCCAAAGCGUUGUACAUACCUUUCAACUAGGAAGUUUAAGGUAUAA